CUGUGAUUUAGAUUUUGUGAUUGGCUUCUGGUGCAGGUUUUUGUUGCAUCUUUUGCAUUGGUUGGGUUAUAGUUUGAAAAAGGGUGAGCGUAUUUGUCAGUUUUUGAUUAUCUGUGGAGGAAUUUUGGUUUGUGGUUUUGAAUUGAUUUGAUUUGCAGAGGGAGCUAGAUUCGUCAGUUUUGUUCUGCUGGGGAAGAAGCCGAAUUACUAAUUCUGUUCUUUUCUUUUGUCAGUCUUGAUCACAUCUGGGUGCUUUUGAUCUCAUCUCAAUCGCUCCAACUGCAGUUUAUUUGGGUGGUUAUGACAAUUGACAAAGAAGACAAAGCGGCUAGAGCUUAUGACUUAGCAGCAUUGAAAUAUUGGGGCACCAGUCCCACAACCACUACCAACUUCCCGAUGAGUGCAUAUAUGAUAUAUUCUGAUCAGUAGCUAUGAGAACAAGAUUGAUGAAAUGAAGCCCAUGACAAGACAGGAGUAUGUUGCAUCUUUGAGGAGAAAGGAAACCCCUCAUCAUUCUUAUAAUUUGGACACUCAUAUGCAUCAGUUCAAGGGAAGUAGCGCAAGCAUCAGAACCAAAAAGGUGAAAGCUGAAUGCCAACAGUUCAGGGAAUAUUGUAGGGCAGGAAAUGGAGAAUGGUUAUUGUUUGGAACAGCACACGAGAGGAUCAGAGGAUGAUUGUUACUGAUAUUCGAUUUAGAACAAAUCUCCUGAACAGAAAAUGAACAAGUAUGAUGGUAGAGUUCCUA